GGCUCCAGUUGCCCGGGAGUAGGGGGCUACGCAGGGGCAACGGAGGUUUGUCCCGGCAGGUCAGUGGGCCCGGUGAGCCUUGGCUUUCCGCGGUCUGGUGGGUUGACCUUGGGUCGGACGCUGCUCCUCCACAGGCGUCAGUUUCUCGUUCUGCACUGCGGGCUCCCCGUCCUCAUUGGUCGGAGGGACCCCUGACCGCGGGGAUCCCAAGGCUUGACCCCUGGCGGGGGAUGCCCCCCCCCAGGUCACGCCAGGUGGACCGAAGAUGCUGCAGACUAGCAACUACAGCCUGGUGCUGUCCCUGCAACUGGUGCUGCUCCUGUAUGACCUCUUGGUGAAUGCCUUCUCCGAGCUGCUCCGGUCUGCGCCUGUGGUCCAGCUGGUGCUCUUCAUCAUCCAAGACAUUGCCAUCCUCUUCAAUGUGAUCAUCAUUUUCCUCAUGUUCUUCAACACCUUCGUGUUCCAGGCUGGGCUGAUUAACCUCCUCUUCCGGAAGUUCAAAGGGACCAUCAUCCUGACGGCCUUCUACCUGUCUCUCAGCAUACCCCUCCACGUCUGGGUCCUGAACCUGCGCUGGACAGACUCCAAGCAUUAUGUGUGGACAGACGGCCUCCAAACCCUGUUUGUGUUUCAGAGACUGGCUGCCGUGCUCUAUUGCUACUUCUACAAGAGGACAGCCAUCCGCCUGGGCGAUCCUCGAUUCUACCAGGACUCUCUGUGGCUGCGCAAAGAAUUCACCCAAGUCCGAAGCUGAUCUCUCCUGGCAGACAAGCUGGAUCCCACAGCUGCCUCGCCCCGUGCGGCCACAGCGGCCGCAGCCCUGGCUCAGGGCCCUGCCUGUCAAACCCCUCGGGGGCCCUCAGGUGGAAUCAGACUCACCCCUCCAUUCCUCAGCUGCUCACUAACUAGCUCUCGUCCGAUACAGCUUCCCCGGAGCAGCUCGUCCCCCCAUUUCCUUCCUGGAACGAGCCCACAAGCUUCUGACAGUGCUCACCCAACUUCUGACCCCCCAGCCGCUGUGCAAGGACAGUGUUGGCACUCCCGACCAGGCCCACUUAGAGCCUUGGGGCUUGGAGGUUUUAGACCCUAGGGUCCUUUUGUAUGUUUGUUUUUUAAUAGGAAAUAAAUGUACUCCUUUUGCCAUAAAUUUCUGAGGAGGUUUGUCUCUAGUGAUGGGACAUUACUGCCUUCCCCCAGGAGUCUGCGCAUCUCCUCCGAAAGGACAAGAAGAGGCUGGACUCGGUGACCUCGGAGGAGGCCCUCAGCCCAAUUCUUGGGGAAAAUGGAGGGAUGCUUUUCAGUAGCUCCUCAGGGGACUGGGAGCAAAGUGCUGGGCAAUGUAAGACUAAAGUGAAUAUCCAGUAACUCCAAGUAUUACAUUUUAUAACGUUUAUUGAUAAUCACUUGAAGUAGAAAGAAUAAAAGAACAAAAGUCAAA